AUGACAAUGGUGAUGAAGUCAACAAUCUAUUCAGCAUUGGAGCAAGCACCUUCAGCCAAAGUAGAAAAUGAGGAUGCCAUCUGCCAAUACCUUGGGAAUUUCGAUAAGAAGUUCUUCCGUAUUUGUGAAAAGGAGUUGCUAAAAAUCAAUACCUUCUUUUUGGAAAAACUUGCUGAAGCAACAAGGACAUAUUCUUCUUUGAAGAGUGAACUUGCUGCAGCUGCUCAAGCGCAGCAGGAGGAGAGGAAGAGUUCAACCAAGUUGUCCAUGCUUCUCUCUUCUUGCUCCAAGACGACAAUGAAGCCCGCUGACCUAAAACGUGCCUUCAGUGAAUUCUAUUUGAGUCUUGUUCGUUUGAAAAAUUAUCAGACUCUGAACUCUGCUGGUUUUUGGAGAAUCCUCAUUAAGCAUGACAAGACGGAUGCUGGUGCCUGUUGGUACAUGGGGCACGUGGAGCCAUCGCACUUCCACACCAAUCGAGACAUCAACAGGAUUAUUUCAGAGACUGAGAUUGUAGUGAUCCAGGAACUGGAAGGGGGAAAUCGAGAUAGUGCCUUGAAGUGGCUGAGAGUUCCCUCCUUGGGUGAACAUCGAAGUCCUUGGAUCACGUUUAAAGUUGAAAAAGGCAGUGCAAAAAUGCUACCAAGUAAUGCUUUUGUGAAGUAUAAGGAUGAUGGAGAGCAGGAUAUUGCUCCAAUUGGAGAUAAAAAUAAAUAUUAUUUAGAGAAUUAUCAAGAAGUAUUAAGAAGAAACAAAUGUGUGUUCUGGCCACCCAAUGAUUGGGAACAAGCAGAAGAACCUUCUCAGGUGCUGGUGGUCCAAAUCCUUCUACUCAAGCUGUAUUUCAUGAUUGGGAGCGUGACAAUUGGCGGAUUGCUGUACGUCUCUAUAGGGGACCUCUUCUCAUCAUCCUUUUCAUUUUCCUUCUGGGCAUUAAUGUCUAUGGAUGGAGAUUAUCUGGUGAGUCCUCAUUGCAAGUUGGACUUCUUUCUCUUGAUAGGGGUGAAUCACGUGCUGAUAUUUGAGUUGAAUCCUCGUAGUCACAUAUCAGAGCAACAUUUGAUUGGAAUUGCUGGGAUGCUUGGAGUCUUUUGGGCUCUGUCUGGAUUGGGGUACUUGUUCAGUGAAAAACUUCUGAUCCCAAGAUAUGUUUAUCCCUCCAUGCUGAUUGGGAUCAUGUUCCUGUUCCUUGUUAAUCCCACUCACACUUUCAUGCCUGAUGCUCGCUUCUGGCUUCUUCACAGCUUGUGUCGUGUGAUCUGUGCACCUCUCUUCCAUGUCACCUUUGUGGACUUUUGGCUCGCAGAUCAGCUGAACAGCCUUGUUCCUGCUCUUCUUGACCUGGAGUAUUUCAUUUGCUUCCAUGCCAAUGGGUAUAUGGAUGCAGCUGAUCAAAGUGUAUGCAUAAGCAAGACUUGGGGAAUGAGACCAAUUGUGGCUUGCCUCCCUGCUUGGUUUCGGUUUGCUCAGUGCCUCAGGCGGUAUCGAGAUACCAAAGAAGCCUUCCCACACCUCAUCAAUGCUGGGAAAUACUCAACAACCUUCCUCGUGGUGCUUUUUUCUACUCUGAACCAACUGGACCCAAACUCAAAUCAGGUGCAACACAAUUCGUUUUUCUCCCUGUGGAUCCUUGCUUCCAUCCUGAGUUCUCUUUAUACAUUCGCUUGGGAUAUCAAAAUGGAUUGGGGAUUGCUUGACAGCAAUGCUGGAGACAAUAAGUUCCUUCGUGAAGAAAUUGUAUACACCUCGCCUAACUUCUAUUACUUUGCCAUGGGUGAGAACUUCAUCUUGAGGAUGGGAUGGGUCAUAUCUGUCUCUUUGACUGAAAUGGGACAUGUCCAUGGUGAUCUCAUGGUCACAGUUCUUGCUCCUUUGGAAGUCUUCAGACGCUUCAUUUGGAAUUUCUUUCGGCUGGAGAAUGAAUUUGUUAGUAACUGUGGAGACUUCAGAUCCAAGCGAGACGUCAAGUUCUACGAAUCCAUCGAGAGUUCCUCAUCCCACGAGUGCGAGUGUGAUGACUACAUGUCCAACUUGGAGACCGAGGAUGAGCUCUCCGAUUGAGUGCACUUGGAGGUUGACAUAGAGCUCAUGCCGCCUGUGUUGUCUUGCUUAGUCGUUUGUUCUUCCGAGAGUCUUUCAGUGCUUUAUUUGAUUGCUUUAUUACCGAUUUAUCGAGUUCUUCAAAUUCUUCCUUCAGCCAUUUUCAGCCUAUAUUCAUUGUUUCUUUGUUGCAUUCUGUUGUAUUUGUUCGCAUUAUGCUGCUUGGGGACUGAGCCACUGCCUUUCAUGAAUAUGUCUGUGAUUCACCCUGUGAUUCACUCAGCAUGAUCCAUAGAUAGCUAUGGUCACCCAACCCAACCCAAGCCCUAUGACAGCCUGGAGUUGAAGCCAAAUCUCGCCAGGAGAUGGUGCAUUGAUACUUAGCAGGCCCAUGACUUCAUCUCCAUUGUGUGAAAGCAAAAUUUCCUUUCUAUCUCAGAUUAUGCACUAUAGCACACUAAUUGGAAGGUAUGUAAAUUUUGCUCAACAUCGUGAACAACUCCGUAACCUGAAACUUCACACUCAGACCAUCACUAACUAACAACUUGUAACAGUGUGCCUGUCGUUGGAGCUUAUUUAACCACCAUGCCAUGGCAUACUCUUUAGUUUAUUGCCCAAUGUUGAAUCUCAAUCUUGUCCAGGCCCUAUAGACCUAGGACCUAUCGGAGUUGAAUGGAUUCAGUCAACAUUUCAGAAGAACAUUAUGCUAUGAUAUCAUGUAACUAGACCUAACUUCGCCCCAGAAUUCAGCAAGAGAGGCUUGACUUCAAGUUGGUUUUUUCAUGCAUUCCCUGGGCUGCCAUCUCAUUUAAUGGCUCAAAAUGGUAGAAAUUUGCUCUUUAUUAGAUGGCAAAGUCAAAGUUAUGAAAUCCUUUUUCCUGAGGAACAGUAGAUAUUUAAACAAAUAUUCAGCACAUGAAAAGAACCAAGAGGGACCAACUAGGAAAACCAAGUGCCUGGGUUAUACAAUGGGCGUAUUGACUAAAGCAUGGAUUGUGCUAAAUACCAUCUACAGUGUUUUCGCCUUACUAACACAUUUUUUCACUUGACUCGGGACUCUCAUACAUGAGUUUCCAAGUCAAGCAAAAAAAACUCCAGAAGCCCGGCCAUUCGCUUAGGAAAACCAGCAUAAUCCAGAAAGAACCCCAGAUGCAGGAAAGCCUGUUGCUUUUAUGACGGCAAUAUCCAAGCCCACUGCUGCUGUCACUGCCAUCUGGCAGGAGUUCGGGUCCCCAAUCGACCGCACGGCCCCCUGUGACCACAUGCGUCUAUGAAUCAUGCUGACAUAAUGCUUUUUUUGUAGUUUAUGAUCCAAUCCUCUCAUGUCCCCAUGCCCCUCUCAAGCUUUGCAAAGCC